AUCGGAUUUGGACUACGGGUGGGUGAAGUCGACGUACCCAUGGAAGGAGCCACCGCAGAGGCCGCAGAAGCACUGGUGAUUUUGUCAGUCACGACCGAGUCAGCUAAUCGAGGAGGAACGGAAGGAGGGAAGGAAGGGACUCUCGUCAACGCAACGUCCUUACCUCAGAUAUCUGUGCCACCUCAACAUCCCUCCACAACUCCAUACCCCAAUCACGACACCCUCCCAAGCCACGCAGAUAGCCGUCAUCCCGAGGGUCCCCGAGCUUACAGUCCCAACGAAAUCCUAAGGUCUCAACAUCUGCACGUCCACAGGUUCGCCCCGUACCUGCAGGCAGCCGUUAGCCCUCUCAACGACCUGGCACCGCCAAGGGCACCCCCCGGGGGAGUCUUAGAAACGGUGCGCACAUCAGGGGACACCGUCCUCUUGUAGUUAAAUCCACC